AUGUGGGAAAUCAUAAAUGAGGAUAUUCUGGGCUACACCUUGCUGAACUUUGAGGCAGGGGUUUCCUAUCCCAGGAUAACCUUGCCACCUCCUCCACCGGAUACCCCUCCACCACCUGCGCCAACUUACGCCACGCCAGUGUAUGCCAGUUUGAAUCAGCAGCAACAUUUGCAGGCUGCGAGCACGCUAAGCUCUCAGUUCAGUGCCCAUCAGGCGACUGUGACUGAGAUGAUCAAAGAGCUGUGCAUGGACAGAGCAAGGCUGAGGUUCUCUGCUGUGGUCCAAGAAGGCACCUAUGGUAGGGUGUAUAGAGGUGUUUACACCUCUCCCACUGCUGGCAAGGGCCAGGAGGUGCUGAUCAAGACUGUUACCAGUGAGUCCUCUUCAGUGCAGAGGACCUUGUUGCUGGGUGAAGGUCUGCUUAUGUUUGGACUGUCACAUCCAAACAUUUUGCCAAUUAUUGGCGUUUCUGUGGAGGAACAGCCAAGUCUAGUCUACCCGUACGUGAAUGCCGGAAACCUUAAACUUAAGAGGACGAGGGAGGAGGAAAAAAUGAUGGACUGCAACAGGGCUCUUAGUGCAUGCAAAAGCGUUUUUCACUCUCCAGUAGAAACAGCUGUUGACGAGUUGCCACUCGACGCGGAUUUAAAGCUCCAAUUUCCGGCAUUUUGCUCGUCUGGGUUCAAGAGGAAGAACAUGGAGCAUUUGUGGUGCAUAGAAACAGCUGUUGACGAGUUGCCACUCGACGCGGAUUUAAAGCUCCAAUUUCCGGCAUUUUGCUCGUCUGGGUUCAAGAGGAUAGCCAGAGUGUCAGCCACCCAACUCAGUUGCUGCUUGGGGAAUAACCUGCCAGCUCAGACCCGCAUGAGAACGUUGCUAAUGACAAAAGAAACCCAGCAGAGUUUUUCAACAGCAGCAAAAAAAAACAACCUGGGUUUCUGGGCACGCAACUUCGUGACUGGGUUUUUAUUGCGAUGCGCAGUCGGGGAUUUGGCUCAUAGGCAAAAAAAGCGUGCGGGUUAUUGGGAAUCGGAUUUAUGGCCGGAAUCCCCGCAGGCAGUCGAUUUCUGGCUUGAAUGGGGAUUCUUGAAAUCAUGUCAAGUGGGGCCAGAGGGAGCCACUGUGAGUUACCCAUUGCUGACUCAAGAAGUUGUCAGAAUGGCCAUACAAGUGGCCCAAGCAUGUGCAUACUUGACAGACAAUGACAUAGUGCACAGGGACUUGGCAACCAGGAGUUGCAUGGUGGAUGACAAGAUGAAGGUGAAGUUGGCAGACAAUGCUUUGUCCAGAGACUUGUUUCCUGAUGACUACCAGUGUCUAGGAGAUAUGGACAAUAGGCCUUUGCGCUGGAUGCCGCCCGAGGCUAUUGUUGACAAGCGAUUUUCUGAAGCUUCUGAUGUGUGGGCAUUUGGUGUCCUUCUGUGGGAACUGACAACACUGGCUCAGCAACCAUAUGAAGAAGUAGAUCCCUUUGAGAUGGUCAACUUUUUGUAUGAUGGAUACCGGUUAUACCAGCCUAUUCAUUGUCCUGAUGAACUUUUCCAUGUCAUGGCGACUUGCUGGGACACUGACCCUGGAAACCGACCCAGUUUCAGGCACAUCAUCAGUUGCCUUCGGGACUUCAGAGAGUCCUUGGACAAGUAUAUCUGAAGAAACCAGGCAAACUUCCGAAUGUACUUCAGCACCUUGAAUGUGUUCCUUCAAGACCCCUCCAGUCGAAAAUUGGAUUGAAUGUGGUGCAAACUUUUUUUUUUUUUUAGAGAAUCGACCCUGGUGUGCUUGAAUGUUUCAAAAACCUUGGAUGAUGCAGUCGAAUGGAAUGAGGGAGACUUUUUUCCGCAUUUCUUUCAUUCUUUUUGCCAAUAAUCUGUGUUGACUGUUGACAUUUUGUCCUACGUGUUCAUGUUUAAUUGUUAACCCUUUUUCCUGUUUUUCCUUUAUUGUGGGUGAUUGUUGGAAGGAGAGAGGAAAAUAAAGCAGUGAUUUUCAAUUUCAGGA